GGAGUUGAAGUCCGCCAGGCUUAAAAUAGCCAAGGUUAGAGACCCCUGCUCCGGAGCGAGGCGAAGCGCGCGCGAGUCUAUUAGCGGUCGCGUGGUAGCGAUGGCGGCUUUCAGAGAGCGCCUGUCACUGGAGACUUCCCCAGCGGCGGCGGGAGCGGCGUUUGACUGGUUUGGCCGCGGCCGGCGGCACCGUUGCGGAGCUGCUCCGUGCGGGAGGAGGGCCCGAGGGAAGUCCUGACCGACUCUCCUCCCCGCCCUCCUUUCCCUCGCUCCUCGCGGCCGCCCAAGCCUCUCGGCCAGCCCCGCCGCCGCCGCCGCUGCCAUGGGCGUCCUGGAGCGGCUGAGGAAGGACUGGUUCAUGCUGGGGAUCGUCCUGGCCAUCACCGUCGCCAAGCUGGAGCCGGCCUUUGGGGUGAAGGGGGGACCACUGAAACCAGAAAUCACCAUCACAUAUGUAGCUGUCUCUGCUAUAUUCUUCAAUAGUGGGCUAUCCCUCAAAACAGAGGAGCUGACAAGUGCUUUGAUGCAUGUAAAAUUGCAUCUUUUUGUGCAGAUCUUCACACUUGUAUUCUUCCCAACAGUUAUAUGGCUAUUUCUUCAGCUUCUAUCUAUUACAUCUAUAAAUGAAUGGCUUUUAAAAGGUUUACAGACAGUAGGCUGUAUGCCUCCGCCUGUAUCUUCAGCAGUGAUUUUAACUAAAGCUGUUGGGGGGAAUGAGGCAGCUGCUAUAUUUAACUCAGCCUUUGGAAGUUUUUUGGGCAUUGUUAUAACUCCUUUGCUCCUACUGCUUUUUCUUGGAUCCUCCUCUUCUGUGCCUUUUUCAUCUAUAUUCUCACAGCUGUUCAUGACUGUUGUAGUUCCACUCAUAAUUGGACAGAUUGUCCGAAGAUACAUCAAGGAAUGGCUUGAGAGAAAGAAGCCUCCAUUUGGUGCUAUCAGCAGUUGUGUACUCUUGAUGAUCAUCUAUACAACAUUCUGUGAUACUUUCUCUAAUCCAAAUAUUGACCUUGAUAAAUUUAGCCUGAUCAUAAUAGUUUUUAUAAUAUUUUCAGUGCAGCUGGGAUUUAUGAUGUUAACUUUCUUCUUUUCUACCAGAAAGAGUUCUGGCUUUACACCAGCAGACACAGUGGCUAUUAUUUUCUGUUCCACACACAAAUCUCUAACCUUAGGUAUACCAAUGCUGAAGAUAGUUUUUGAAGGUUACAAGCAUCUGUCCUUAAUUUCAGUCCCAUUGCUUAUAUAUCACCCAGCGCAGAUCCUCCUUGGCAGCAUUUUGGUACCAACAAUAAAAUCUUGGAUGAUUUCUAGACAAAAGGCAAUGAAAUUAACAAGGCAGCCCAAAGUACCAGUGAAAGUAUAAUGGAACAGCCCUCGUGAAUGUAUAUAUGUCCUAUUUUGUACAUACAGAGAGACAAUGCAAAAGAUGAUCAUAUAUGAAUGUUGCCUCAGCACUUACUUUAUUUUUAUACCUACAAAUAUAUUUAAAAUACCUACUGAAGUGCCUUAAAGUACUUUUGACAAAAGCAUUGAUUCCAAAAUCAGAUGACUGGUUAUUAUAAGAGGUUGCACUCAGAAUUUGCAUUCACUCACUUUUAUUUCUCUUCCUGAGCAAAUCAUCCUAGCAGUGAAACUUUAAAGCUUCCAUGAUCACAUCUCAGUGGCAUGUCUCAAUCCACCAAGUGGUUCCUCUUCGGUAAGCUUUAUUGCAAGGAAUGAAGACCAAACUGGACCUAUCGCUUGUCCUAAUUAUUCACGAACUUUUUAUAUGUUUGCCUGAGCACUGACACCUUCUAGUUCCUUGAAGGAGAUGGUUUCUGAAGAUUUAAGUGAGAAAUGAACUUGAUUUUUGGUGAUUCUGUCAUGUCCUUAUUUUGACAUGCCUUUUUUCUUCCAAAUUUGUGUAUAUUCAGCAAGGCGCCAGCCAUUGGAGAGAAACUGAGAAGCAUAAAUCAUUUGCAUUUGUUGAGGCAAUUCUCUCCACCUUCCUUCAAAGUUAAUGGCUUCUCGGGAUAAUUCAGAUCCAUUUUUAUGGUGCUGUGGCAUUUAUAUCUUAAAUGAACUGUGAACUUCCUCAAAGACAAGGCUAUAAGGAAACACCAGUGAUUUACAAGCACAGCUGAAUGAAUGUUUUUAUUAUCAUUGCUAUAGUUUACUAAAACAGAUUAUCUUUUUCCCUUGUGCAGGACAUUCCACCCAAUAGUGACAGAAAAAUACUAAUAUUACAGUGGUCACUUUAUUGCCCCUUGCAAGCUUUUCAAUGCUAUAUUUUUCGAUAUCCCAUGAGCAGCAUACAAAAACGAAUGAGGUUGGAAGAUUGCCCCCUUAAGCUAGCAAAGAUACACAUAUUCCAUAGAAAUUUAAGCAGCAUUAGAAUGAAUAUAUCUAGUUAACCUGACAAUCAGAGUUUAAAGGUGAUUUUUUUAAAAAAAAAUACAUCUUAACUUUUUAGCAGGGAUAUUGAUUAAUACUCACAUUUGGAUAAAAAGAAAGGGAAAAUAAAACAAUAUAUAUUUAAUAAAAUAAUCAACAGGACACUUAAAGAUAUUGGCCUUCAGAUCUCAAAUUUAGAGACAACAUUAUUUCCACAGCCAUGUGGGAGUCAUGUGAUUCUAUAAAUUAAUGUAUGGGUUUCUAGUGGUUUCACAGCCCUGUUUUUCUUGACAUGUACAGGGAAGCUGCCUUAUCCAAGAGCACAUUUAUGCAUUUUCCUCUGCAUAAUAUUCCGUGAAGGAAAAUGCUAGUUUUAAAUACAGUUGCUUGUGUGCAUUAUAGUAGAAAAAUAGAACAGCCUUUUGGACACUGACAUAUAUCUUAUAUGUUGUUCUAAUUUCAGAUUUAAACUAUUGGAAACAUACCUACUACUACUAUCCCAGCAUGUUGGGAUUAACUGUCCUUUCCAAGUAAUUUUAUCUGAUGCCAAUUAGAAAUGUUUGAUGUUCGAAACGAUUUGUAUCAAAUAGCUUGCUCGCUAGUGUCCAGUUGGCCAUUUCUCUGAAAUAAGCAGUUGUUCCUAAAUGGUAAAGAAGUAUGAAUCAGCAAAUUCUAAGCAUCUAUUUAACAGCUAUUGCAUUUGGUGAAAUUUAACAAGUCAGCACAAAAGAUACUGGUGUCCUGACCCUCAAUCAUUUUUAUGUACAUCAUAAAUCAUAAUUCUAAAGUUGUUGUGGCAUAUAGAUGUCUUUAACAAUUACCACAUAAUUAGCAAAACCUGCAGAAAUGCACAGCAAAGCAAACACAAGCAAGAUUCUCUACUUAGCAGAUCAAGAUGUAAAUCACACAUUCCUUCUAUUUCCGACUGGUGGCUUAAUAUACAAUGAAGACCAAUUUUAAAACUUGAAGAGAGAAAAAGUUAGAAAAAGGACACACUGCUCAUUUUCCUGUUUGUUUUUAUAAAUCUUUUUCUAAGUUUAUAAAUAUGUGUUACCAAGUCAACAGCCCUUUUAGUCAUGGGCUAAGUAACAGAAAGAAUGAUUGUUUUAAAAGAGAUUUGCCAUUUAUUUUGCAUGCAAGUUCCAGGGAAAUGUAAAGAAUUUGCACAAGAAUGCAUGGUACCUUGUAACAGAGAUUCAAUUUAAUUGCCCAUUACAGAUGGAAACAUGGUUCUAAUUUGCUCUGACUCAUUUCCCACUCUUCUGUCUUCCUCUAAGUUGAGCAACAUCUUUUGAACAGUCAGUACACUGCUACUAUUCCAACAGAUCUACCUCGAGUUACUGCAGUAUCAUCAGUUCAAGAUUUUGAUGAACAUGUAUCAUGGCAGUUUCAUACAUAUUUUACCAAAUUCCAAGGAGAGAGGUUUGGAGUUAAAGUUGUUUAUGAUUGGAAAAAACUAAAUGGCAUAUUCUUUUAUUUACAUAACUGUUGAGUAGAUUGUUUUAGAAUGAUGCAUAAAGGAAAACUGGAGUGCAUAUUUAAAACCACAAACAACUUUUUCAUAUUUAGAAUGUUACAUUAUAUCUAAAGAUGGUUAAGACCCUUAAAGACUUGACUUAACUAUAAAAGGUUCUCUGGAUUGGAUGUUAUCUUGGAAAAAGACAAGCAUUCUGCAACUGAUUUUGUACAAGGGUCAUUCU